AUGCGUAGAUAUCUAAGAUCUGAUGCAACUCUUCUUUCACCUGAAACAUACAGUGAUAUUAUAAAUGCUAAAGGUAAAAAGAAUAUAUCACCAGUUUUAGCUAAAAAAUACAAAAUAUCAUCACGGAAAGUGUAUCAAAUAUGGCGAGGACAAGAGUAUCCUCCUAGACAGAUUGCACAUAGCACUAAUGCUCCCGAUACUCCUGAUACUUUGCGUAUUACUAAUACUUCGCAUAGAUUUAAUAAUUUACACACAUUUUUUACUAAUAUCAUGGAUAGAGCUCGUAGUGUGCAUAGCACUGAUGCUUCUGAUACUCUGCAUACUACGCAUAGUAUUAAUAUUUUGCAUUACGAAGACAUCAUGCAAUAUCGAGAUAUGAAGUCCAAGCCUCUAGAACAAUUAAGGAAGAAAUUUCAUAUAUCAUCUUCUCGUCUAUAUCAGAUUUGGAGAGGGCAGGAG